AGAGCUCUCCGUGUGGGGAGCGGGGCCGGCCGGCGGGAAGGCGGCGCGGGAGAGCCUGCCCGGGCGGGUGCCGGUCUCCCUUCUGUUUUGCGCCGACCCUUCGGUGGCCGUUGGGAGGCGGCGGUGGGAUGAGGCUGGGUCUCGGUGCCCUGUUGCUCUCUGCGGCGCGUCUGCGGGGAGAGGAGUUUUCCCGGUGUUUUUCAAGGAACCUCUGUUACUUUCGUGUGACGGCUUCCACCCGCGCAAUAAAUUUCCUGUCCUAGGCGACGGGAAGAGGAGAGUUUGUCCCUUCCAGUGGUUUUGAACUUACUUACAUUUAAAUGAAAACUCGAACGUGACCGAAGUUUGCAGCAGAGGGAGCUUUAAAAUAAUUUGGGUUUUGAAAAUAAUUUCAUCUAUCUUUUUGUAUUUUUUUGCGGCAGUGAUUCUGUGCGUUCUGAAGCGGUGAAAUUAAGGUGGUAGAACCAGAGCAGUUCUCUGGUGUUGGGGAAGACUUAGACCUCUAUUUGAGAGAGCUGAUAAGCAAGACCUUUUAUUUGAAUGCUAUGACAUGUUAAAAAGAAAUGGCUUUAAGGCAAGGUGCUGUGAUACAGUGGUCUUUGCUUUAAGUUGUUUAAGGUAGUAAGAGUUUAGCUCAGCCUGUUUAAAUAAAACGUGUAUGUAAAUACCAGCAAAGUAUAAAACAGUUUUCUUUUCUAGUACAAGCCUGAGCUAUGUAAGGUCACGACUGGAGAACUAAAGCAAAAUGGGUUCAGCAUCUAAUGGAUUAGAAUAAUGACAAAAGGUUGUGCUGUUGCCAGACAAAAUAAUGCAAGUGGGCUUUUUCCACUCUCCCCCCACCCCGUUUUUUCUUUUUGAGAGCUCUUACAAGGUUGGAGGGUACUGAUCAGGCACAGGCUGACUGGAAGGAACAAGUGGCUUUACCAUCAUGGCCGCUACCUCCCAGAAACACAGGAUUCUCACUUACUUUGGCCUUUGGUUGCUCUGGAGAGGGAAUGAAUGCCACCACCACCACCAGUUCCAGUGGCUUCCACUAAGGCCUGUGUGUAUAAGGAGAGACUUAGGGUGCUCAUGGUUCCUCCUCUGAUGUCAGUUCUUUCCCCCUUCAUUUCUUUUCCUUUCUCCCUCUGGUUCACCAGAAGCUGUCUGUUGUCUCUCAGCAAGCUACAUCUUCUGCAGCAGUGGCACCAGAAUGCAGCUGAAAGCAGUGCUCUGAGCAGUCCAGGUUGGCCAUGUUGCAUGGUAGCAGGUGGGAGAAUAUUCUGUGCCUGUACUUCAGCAUUAGCAAAACCUUAGUAAAAGGCAGUAAAAGGUGAACCAUGUCUUUCCAUUCCGGGCGAGGAUGUCCCCGUGGUCAGGGGGGACCAGGAGCAAGAACUUCAACACAGACCUACCGCCCUCAGAACCUACGGCAGCUUCACCCGCAACAGCCUUCUGUACAAUACCAGUAUGACCAGCAAACUGCCCCUCCAACAACUUAUUCAAACCCUCCAACCCCUGGUUACAUGCCUCCCAGGCCAGACUUUGUGCCCUAUCCUCCUCCAGUGCCCCCUUCCACACAAAAUCCCAUCAGCCAGUGUCCCAUGAGGCCACCAUUUCCAAACCACCAGAUGAGGCAGAGCUUCCCGGUGCCUCCGUGCUUCCCUCCCGCUCCUCCGCCAGUGCCAAAUCCUAGCAACGCUCCUGUGCCAGGAACUCCUGCUGGGCAAAGCACCUUUCCUUACAUGAUGCCUCCUCCCACGGUACCGCAUCCUCCCCCCCCACCAGUCAUACCACAGCAAGUCAACUACCAGCCUGUGUACUCCGCAGGGUAUUCACAGCAAUCGUUUCCACCGCCAAACUUCAAUAGCUAUCAGCACAACUCUGGCUCCUUUCCGAGCAGCGCUACCAACAGCAGUGGUGGCAGCAGCCAUUUUCGGCACACGAGUCAGUACCAGGGAGAGAAGUCGCAAAGUGAUCGACGAUCUCCAGACAGGAGUAAGCACUAUGACGAACACCGACAUCGUGAACAUGGUCACAUCCACGGUGACAGGCAUCGGUCCACUAACCAUGGGGAUCGUCGGGAUCGAGGCCGGAGUCCAGAUAGGAGGAGACAGGAAAGCAGUCGGCACCGGACAGAUUAUGACAGAGGAAGGAUAUCACCUCACCACAGAAGUUAUGAGCGUAACAGGGAGCGGGAGAGGGAGAGGCAUAGGCACCGUGACAGCAGAAGAUCACCAUCACCAGACAGAUCCUACAAAAAAGAUUACAAGAGAGCAGGAAGCCGGUCUCCAAGCAGAGAGAGAAAGAGACCCAGAUGGGAGGAAGACAGAGAAAGGUGGUCUGAGAACCAGAGCUCCAGCAAAGAGAAAAAUUAUACUGCUAUCAAAGACAAAGAAUCAGAGGAGAAUGCAUCUGAAAAAAAUGAAGAGGAAGAUGAAGAAUUGCUUAAGCCAGUCUGGGUUCGCUGUACCCAUUCUGAAAGCUAUUAUUCCAAUGACCCUAUGGAUCAAGUGGGGGACUCUACUGUGGUAGGAACAAGCAAGCUCCGAGAUUUGUAUGAAAAGUUUGACGAGGAGUUAGGAAAGCGACAGGCAAAGGCAAAAGCAGCCAGGCCACCGUGGGAACCACCAAAGACCAAGCUGGAUGAAGAUUUAGAGAGCUCCAGUGACUCAGACUGUGACUCUGAAGAGGACAGCAGCUGCUCUAGCAGUUCAGAUUCAGAUGUCUUUGACGUCAUUGCAGAAAUUAAGCGUAAAAAAGCACACCCUGAUCGUCUCCAUGAAGAACUAUGGUACAAUGAUCCAGGACAGAUGAAUGAUGGACCUUUGUGCAAGUGCAGUGCUAAAGCCCGACGAACGGGAAUAAGACAUGGCAUUUAUCCUGGCGAAGAGCCCAUUAAACCAUGUCGCCCCAUGACCAACAAUGCUGGAAGACUAUACCACUAUCGAAUUACUGUGUCGCCUCCCACAAACUUCUUAACAGACCGACCUACUGUUAUUGAGUAUGAUGACCAUGAAUAUAUCUUUGAAGGGUUCUCAAUGUUUGCACACGCCCCACUAACAAACAUUCCUCUAUGUAAAGUAAUCAGAUUUAACAUUGACUAUACAAUUCAUUUCAUUGAGGAGAUGAUGCCUGAGAAUUUUUGUGUGAGAGGUCUUGAGCUGUUCUCUUCAUAUCUAUUCAAAGAUAUUUUGGAACUCUAUGACUGGAAUCUUAAAGGUCCUUCACUUGAAAAUGAUUCUAUUAGCUGCCCCAGAUUUCACUUCAUGCCACGAUUUGUGAGAUUUCUUCCAGAUGGAGGAAAAGAAGUACUCUCGAUGCAUCAGAUUCUUCUCUACUUGUUACGAUGCAAUAAAGCUCUGGUACCUGAAGAGGAGAUUGCCAACAUGCUUCAGUGGGAAGAACUGGAAUGGCAGAAAUAUGCAGAAGAAUGCAAAGGGAUGAUCGUUACCAGCCCUGGCAUGAAACCCAGCUCAGUUCGUAUUGAUCAACUGGACCGCGAACAGUUCAAUCCUGAUGUAAUUACUUUCCCCAUUAUUGUCCACUUUGGGAUACGACCUGCUCAACUCAGUUAUGCUGGAGAUCCUCAAUACCAAAAGCUGUGGAAGAGUUAUGUGAAGCUGCGUCACCUGCUGGCUAAUAGUCCCAAAGUCAAACAGGCUGAUAAACAGAAAUUAUCACAAAGAGAGGAAGCACUGCAGAAAAUUCGUCAGAAGAACACAAUGAGACGUGAAGUGACCGUUGAAUUGAGUAGCCAGGGAUUCUGGAAAACAGGGAUACGCUCUGACGUCUGCCAGCAUGCAAUGAUGCUUCCUGUCCUUACCCACCAUGUCCGCUACCAUCAGUGUCUGAUGCAUUUGGACAAAUUGAUAGGCUACACUUUUCGAGAUAGGUGCUUGCUGCAGCUUGCCAUGACUCAUCCAAGCCAUCACUUAAACUUUGGAAUGAAUCCAGAUCAUGCCAGAAAUUCCUUAUCCAACUGUGGGAUUCGACAGCCAAAGUAUGGAGAUAGAAAAGUUCACCAUAUGCACAUGAGAAAAAAAGGGAUAAACACCCUGAUAAAUAUUAUGUCUCGUUUGGGACAGGAUGAUCCAGCUCCUUCCAGGAUUAACCACAACGAGCGUUUAGAAUUUCUGGGAGAUGCUGUGGUGGAGUUCUUAACAAGUGUCCACUUGUACUACCUGUUUCCCACUUUGGAGGAAGGAGGAUUAGCAACGUACCGCACUGCUAUUGUACAGAACCAACACCUGGCCAUGUUGGCUAAGAAGCUGGAACUAGAUCGAUUUAUGCUUUAUGCUCAUGGUCCAGACCUUUGCAGGGAAUCGGAUCUCCGCCAUGCCAUGGCCAACUGCUUUGAAGCCCUAAUAGGAGCUGUUUAUCUAGAGGGGAGCCUAGAAGAAGCAAAACAAUUAUUUGGACGUUUACUUUUCAAUGACAAGGACCUGCGGGAUGUAUGGCUUAAUUAUCCACUACACCCAUUGCAACUGCAGGAGUCCAAUACUGACAGGCAACUCAUUGAGACCUCUCCAGUUCUUCAAAAGCUUACAGAGUUUGAGGAGGCAAUUGGAGUCAUCUUUACUCAUGUUCGGCUGCUAGCACGUGCGUUCACUCUGAGGACAGUAGGCUUUAACCAUCUGACUCUAGGCCACAACCAGAGGAUGGAAUUCCUGGGUGACUCCAUAAUGCAGUUGGUAGCCACAGAGUAUUUAUUCAUACAUUUCCCCGAUCAUCAUGAAGGGCACUUAACGCUGUUGAGAAGUUCUUUGGUGAACAACAGGACACAGGCCAAGGUGGCAGAAGAGCUGGGUAUGCAAGAAUUUGCCAUCACUAAUGACAAGACAAAAAGACCUGUAGCUCUUCGAACUAAGACUUUGGCUGAUCUCUUGGAAUCCUUUAUUGCCGCCCUGUACAUUGAUAAAGAUUUGGAAUAUGUUCACACUUUCAUGAAUGUAUGCUUUUUUCCACGGCUAAAGGAGUUUAUUUUAAAUCAAGAUUGGAAUGAUCCUAAAUCUCAGCUUCAGCAGUGCUGCUUGACUCUCAGGACAGAAGGAAAAGAGCCAGACAUUCCUCUUUACAAGACUUUGCAGACAGUGGGACCGUCUCAUGCAAGGACAUACACAGUAGCUGUUUACUUCAAAGGGGAAAGAAUAGGAUGCGGUAAAGGCCCAAGUAUUCAGCAAGCGGAAAUGGGAGCUGCAAUGGACGCACUUGAAAAAUAUAACUUUCCCCAGAUGGCCCAUCAGAAACGGUUCAUUGAACGGAAGUACAGACAAGAGUUGAAAGAAAUGAGGUGGGAAAGAGAGCAUCAAGAGAGAGAGCCAGAUGAGACUGAAGAAGCAAGAAAAUAAAAGGAGGGCACAGAAGCAGUGGCAUAUUUACUUACUUAAUAACUCUGACUGUGGCCUAUGGAGACCUAACCUAGUUUCUUGCAGAUGAUGAAUGAAGAGUGCCUGUUGAUAUCAAAUAGAAAAUCAUAAUCUCUUCUUUAAAAAGUGUGUGUAUAUAUAGAAUUUCUUUAGUUUGGUUUUAAGUGCAAAGUUUGUUUGGCUUUUUAAUAAGAUUUGUUUUUAAAUCCUUUUAAUUUUUAUGAAAAGUUGUGGGAUUCUUUUUAUUAUUUUUACUGUCUUGUAUGAAGUAAUAAAGUAUUAAUUUCAAAAGCCUGUAGGAGGAAAAGCUGUUUAACCAUUGUUUCCUAUGUCCAAAUGCUGUUUUGUCAGUGACCAGAAAAGUUACUGCAUGAACUCUGCUGUGGCAGAGAAACUGUUAUGAGAAAUUAAUUCAGCAGAGCACUUAAGCAUGUACCUAACUUAAGUUUUGCAGCUGAAUGUACUAUAGACUCUGCUAAACCAGAGCCGUAAACUUCAGGUCCUUUUACAGAAACUGGUACAGUAAUUGAAGCAAAGAAGACACUCAGUUUUGUUUUAAAUAGUGGAUUCCACAUCUGGAAUGUGACACAGGUGUGUGUGGAAGGUUGGGAGGGUUUGUCUUUAAAUCAGUAUUAUAAAACUAUAAAAAAAAGAAAAAAAUUAAUAUGAAGCAAGAGUGUGGCAACUUUUUUUGUAGAGAUGGUACUGAGUUUACAUUUACAAGUUUAGUUUCAUUCUCAACUUCUUGCUCUAUCAAACUGGUGUCUACUUUGAUGGAUUUCUUUGUCCAGAAGAUACCAGUGUCACCAUAAUAGUCAAAUAGUGUAUUAGAAACUCCAUACAGGUGCUAUUCCAGAUAGGUUCAUUGACAACUGGUUGUAUCCAAAGGAGCGCAGAAUUUGUCCCCAAGGUGUAGUUCAAAGGUGGCGUACAGUUUUAAGUCACCCAGUUCCCUUGAUUUUUGGUGUCUGUGGCUUCUAUUGGACAGUCGGAUGUUUCUUCUAUAAAAGCUCUGAAUGGUACCAAAAGUGGAACAUCCACUGUGUCUGUUGGUGGUUUUUACCACUGACUACCAGCUUCAUUGUAGAUGUUGGUGUGUUGUUCGUACUUUCAAUUUGCCUGCGUCGAGCUAUUCGUUUCUGUUAUGCUGAGUUCUAAGUUAAAACAGUCCCUUAGUAUGUAUCGUGUAGUCAUUUCUCUAUCUUUCUCUUCUGCUAAGUGAAACAGAUACAACUCUUGUUUUCCUUAACUGCACGUUUUUUUCCUGCUUCAGAUCCUUUUUGGUGAGUCAUUUAUGCAUCUUUUCUGAUCUAAGUAACACAGAUAUAUGUGAUAAGAUACCAGGUGGCUUCGUGAGUGUGGAUGCAUGAGUCUGGCCCAAAGAAUUCAUACAGACUCCUGGGAGAAGACUUGUGCCCAAUGGCCACACUAUGCUGAGCAACUAAUUAAGCAAUUGUCUGAAGCACCUUUCUAUAGGUGUGCAAUGGGCAUCCGUGAAAGCACUUUAUUGCAGGUGCCAAAGCAGAUAGACACAAGUGUAGCUCGGAAGUUCAGACUACCCAAAUGUCUUCCCAAAGUUUCACUGCUGAGCUAAUCAAUACGUGUAUUUUCAUAAGCGCGUUUUUGUACACAUGCAAUGCGAGAUGCACUUAAAUGUGGUUUUUUUAAAACUUGACCCCACAGCACUACCUCACUUCUUCCAGCUUCUAUGAUUGCCUUUUCAUAAUGGAUUGAUGCUUUAAAUCCUUUUCAGAGGAUGAGAAAAAAACACAAACACCACCUGUGAUUUAGAGAGUGAUAAUAAACCAUUAAACCAUAAAGGAGGGGAUAAAAACAAGAUAAAGGCAAGGAGCUGCUCUCUGCUGGAUGCUGCUGUUCUCUGACUUUUGAGAAGUGAUUGUAACUUCUUAUAGCUUCAGUCUGUAAAUAAAAAGCUGAAAUGCCUCUGAACAGCAGCAGGCUUGGAAAGCAAGCAGCAACAACUCCCCUACCCUCAAGUCUUGUAUUUCAAAUUCUUUUGUAUAAUUGCCAGUGUGCUUCUAGCAGUAAGUUGAAAUGGUGCCUUGGUAGAUGGUUAUGGGUAACUGUGUACACCAUUGUUUUAUUUUUCCCUCUUAACUGUGACCAGAUUCAUGUGUUUAACAUGUAGAACGUGCAGGUGACUUCAUUUUCAGGUGUAUAGUUGCUUUGCAAAUUUCUCUCAUCGUAUCCCAUAUCACCAGAGUACCCCAGUGGAAUUGUUAGCUCAUAGUUUAACAUUACUUCCAUUCUUCCUAUACAUCAUUUCACUUUUCAGCUGUAAGAAGACUGUGAGCUUAUUCAUAAAUAUUUGCAUUAAAAUAGAUUGAAUUUAUCAGAUAUGCUGUUUGGGGGGAGGAACCCAGAACUGUUCUCUUUUCUUCUUUGGCUCAGAAAUUGCUUGAAAACAAACAAACUUUUAAAACGAUUUCUGCAUUCCAUUACUACAGUUAAUGAAUUUUAGGUCUUCCUCAAUAAAAUGUAGAUGAUAACCAUUUUUUCAUGAGUGGACUAUUUUCCCUUUUUUCACUGUAUAAGCAUGGGCUAGGAAGAUUGCCUGAAGAAAUUUUGUUUUCCUUGUCUUGAGGGCAGAAAACAAAAUAAAAGGUAAAGAAAUUCA